UGUGAUUGGCUGAGCCGCGGGAGACCGGGAUCUUUUGAAAGUGGCAGGGCGUGGGGUUGUUGUUCUAAAUAUCUCAAAGCGCCGCGUGAUCCUCAUUUAAUCCCGUUAAACCGAGACUCUGGUCGGCGUUUCAAUGGAGCACGAAGCGCUGGAAACCGGGUGUACCGUCAGCGACGUGUCCGACCUGGUGGUGGUCGAGCUGGAUCCUCCGGUCGAGACGGACAGACAGGACAGCGUCUGCUCCGCGGGAGAUUGUUUGUUGGACGUAGCUCAAGCUCUGUUUCAGAACGAUGAAGCUGGAGGCCUCAGUGAUGAAGACGACGAUGAUGAUGAUGAGGAUGACGACAGCGGAACAGACCACCUGACCUCGGAGAGGUCGGGGACGCAGCUGCAGCGAGCCGAGCGGCGAGCGGGAGCCACUCUGCCGGACACCUUCCAGACCAGCAACCUGCUGUUCUACGAGAGGUUCAAGGCGUACCAGGACUACAUGCUGGGAGACUGCAAGCCCUCAGAGGUGAAGGCCUUCACCGCAGAUUACCUGGAGAAGGUUCUGGAGCCGUGCGACUGGUUGGCGCUGUGGUCCACCGACAUCUUUGACGUUCUGGUGGAGGUGCAGGAUCUGGACGUGAAGGCUCUGAAGGCGAGCGUGAAGCUGGUGCUGCCGCUGCGGUGCGACAGCAGAGGCUGCCAGCUGGACGAGGACGCCAUGACGGCGGUCCUGGAGGCCACGCAGCACAGAGUCCCCCUGCAGGAGCUGCAGGUGGUCUACGACGAGUCUGGAGACUUCGACCAGACCGCUCUGGCCUUGGAGCAUCUCAGGUUCUUCUAUAAACACAUCUGGCGGGAAUGGGACGAGGAAGAUGAGGACGACGACUUUGACUACUUUGUUCGCUGCGUGGAGCCCCGCCUCCGGCUAUACUACGACGUUCUGGAGGACCGGGUCCCGGCGGGCCUGGUGUCGGAGUACCAGUCCCUACAGGAGAGCUGCUCCCGCUGCUUCCGGGAGUUCUCGGAGCUGCGCAGCGGCCUGAGCGCCGACUCCGACUCGGAGCUGGACAACGUGUCCAUGGUGGAGGGCCUGAAGCUGUGCGAGCAGCUGGAGACGUUCAAACGCAAACUGCACAUCAUCGAGAACCCGCUGCUGAGAUACGUUCUGGCCUACAAAGGGAACAGCCGGCAGCAGAGCGCUCAGAGCCGCGGGCCCCGAGCGGCGGGUCUGAGGGUGGUUCACGUGGUGGCGGAGUCCUGCAGCUCCGUCCAGCUCCAGUCGCUCCUGAGCGCCCGCCUGACGCCGCUGUGCUCCUCCGAGGAGCACCAGAUCCAGUUCCACAGAGAUCCGGUGUCGGCGGUGGAGUCGUGUCACCAUGGCGACGUGGUCAUCAUCCUGCCCGGCAACUACAGCGUCAGCAGCUCCAUCUUCAUUCCAGACUCCAUCACUAUUGAAGGCUUCGGAUUUCCCGAUGAAGUUGUGAUCGAGAAGACCAACAAAGGCGACACGUUCGUGGAGACGUCGGCCGCCGACGUCCGACUGUCCAACAUCAAGUUCAUCCAGCACGACGCCAUCGAGGGCAUCCUGUGCGUCCGCCAGGGAACGCUGAACAUGGAGAACUGCGUGCUGCAGUGCGAAACCACCGGCGUGAUCGUUCGAAGCGCCGCCCGCCUCACCAUGAACAUGUGCGACCUGUACGGCUCCAAGGGGGCGGGCGUGGAGAUCUACCCCGGCAGCGUCUGCUGCCUGGUGGGGAACGGCAUCCAUCAUUGCAAAGACGGCAUCCUCAUCAAGGACUUUGCCCACGAGCUGGACGGGAUGCCGUCCAUCACCCUGGAGAACAACGUGAUCCACAACAACGAAGGCUACGGCGUGAUUCUGGUGAAGCCCGGCGGCAAGGCCGGUCCAGCUGAUGGGAGCGAAGAAGCUGUAGCCGAGGAUGGGCAGCAGGGGGAGCCCCGCUCCUCUCCGGUUCCUCCGGUGGACGCCAGCGCGGCGAGCAGCGACUCCUCCUCCAACGCCGCCGCCGGCAGGAAGUGGCAGUUCGGCCGGCAGCUGAGCCGGAACAAAGAGGCGACGUGCAGCCGCGCCGUCCAGGACCUGAUGGAGCACCAGAUCUUCGUGUCGGUUCAGGGGAACCAGUUCAAACGCAACAACCGGGGCGACUUCGGCAUCUUUUUCUACUGAGCUCUGGACCGUUUUCCCGUCCAGAACCGCCCGGACGGAGCGGAACCGAGAUUUGCAGUUUGCACAGAAGCUUUUAUGUAAUCUAUUCCUUCAGUUUUCCUUUAAAGCUGUUUUAACACCACCGCGGUUUGGAGUUUGGUUGCACCGUAAGCUUGUUCUCAGUUUGAGAUCUUCACCACAAACUUCCUGAGGUGGGGGUGGGGGUGCGGGUGGUUUUAUGGUCGACAGUGUUCAGUUCAAAUAAAGUUUUAUUGAUA